GCAAGGAGGAAGAAUUCACGUAAAGAGUAAUGAAUCAGCAGGACACACAUUCAGAGUACGACCACUGGUGAUAGCGGCAGAAGUCUUUGGAUUUUAAGUUGACAGAGUGCUGAUGAACUACACAAACCAAACACAGGAGGACCUCUUCUCCUGCCACAGUCCCUCCGUCGUUGGUUACCGGUACUUCGCAGUGCUGUGGGGAUGUGCCGUGACCCUCACGGGCACAGUGGGGAAUCUGAUGACCAUUCUGGCCUUCGCCGUCGACCCACAUCUGAGGACUCGCUUCAAUGUGCUCAUCGUCAACUUAGCCGUAGCGGAUCUCCUGUACUGCACCAUAUUGCAGCCCAUCUCCAUUGACUCCUAUUUACACCUGAGAUGGCGCUGCGGUCAGGUCUGGUGCAGUAUCUUCGGCCUGCUGCUCUUCCUCUCCAACUCUGUCUCUAUUAUCACGCUCUGUCUGGUAGCAGUAAGCAGAUAUCUCCUGGUCACAAAAAGGGCCUUGUUUGACCGUGUCUUCUCCAACAGUGGUCUUAUUUUACUCGUGAUCUCGGCAUGGGCACUAGGCCUGGCCAGCUUUGGCCCACUGUGGCCUGUUUAUGUGUUUGUGCCGCAGGUGUGCACAUGCAGCUUCCACCGCACCAGGGGUCGUCCCUACAGCACCAUCUUGCUCUUCUUCUACUUUUUUGUGGGUUUGGGUUGUGUUGGUGUUUUCUACUUCCUCAUUUACAGACGUGUGAAGGUUGCCUCACAAGCUCUGCUCCGCUACAGGCCGAGCCGCCGGUCUUCCAGAAAGAAAACAGCUCCUUCGGUACAAGGGACUGAUGAUAGUGGUGUAGAGAGUGGCACGGCAAAGACGUGUAGCAAUGAGAUGAGCAGCCAGACGGAUCCAUCAAAAAAUACGGAUGAGAUAACUUGUGAAAACUCCUCCGAAUUUGUCCAGAGGUCUCCCACGGACCCAAAUUCAUCAGCGAUCAAGUGCCCCCCUGAUAUUGUGUCAGCAUCACCUUCAUCCCCACCUGCUCCCGCCACUGCAAAACCCUCCUCCCACUCGGGAACUUCAAGAGAUGAUGACGAAUUUAAGCGUGUGACACGCAUGUGCUUCACUGUUUUUCUGUGUUUCGUCUUCUGCUUUGUCCCCUUUCUGUUGCUCAACAUAGCAGACAAAAAUAACCGAGCCCCUCAGGUGCUGCACAUGUUCGUUGCAAACCUCACAUGGCUCAACAGCUGUAUCAACCCUGUGCUCUACGCCGUCAUGAAUCGUCAGUUUCGACAGGCCUACCACGUGUUGCUCAUCAGGGCUGCUGCACCAUUCAGCUGCCUAUGGACCUGGUGGUCACAACUAAGACAAUAAACCCCUGGGCCUUAAAUUUGCCUGAUGUAAAGCCAGUAUAAUAUUAUUCCGUCAAAACAGCACCGACAUGUUGCAACUCUUAGGUUACUUUUCUUUGUUACAAAUGUGUGGUAUCAAGUAUUCAUUUAUGUAUUCAUGGAUCUUUGAAUAUAAGAUAUAUGUUGUAUUCAAAUCUGGUGUACCAUUAUUUUUGAUGAAAACAAAUUCAGUAUGUUUAAAUGCAAUUCUUUUAAUUCCAUAAACAAGUGGUACCGGUAUUGAUUCUGAUAGUAUAUUGAUACCCAAAGCUACGGUAUCGGUAUCCUUUUGGGGAAUCGAAAAAGUCAAAUGAAUGAAGUUAAGUUAAAUUAUACCACAACGUUUAACUCUGUAAUGACUUCUUCUUUUUUACAGAAAUGUACAAGAGUAUGUUAUGUAUUUAUGUGUGGAAUAAACUAUAUUUUGGUGCAUUCAGAA